AUGAGCAAGUCUCUGAGUGUCCGGUUUGCUAUUCUCUUCUUCUUGUCUGAAAUUGUAGGAUUAGGCUUGUGUGGGAAUUUAACAGUGGCAUGCUUAGAAAAAGAGAGGCAAGCUCUUCUCAAGUUCAAAGCGACCCUCACCGAUCCCUCGGACAGGCUUUCUUCUUGGAAUUCCAACGAUUGCUGCCGCUGGAAUGCUGUGACCUGUGACAGUGUUACGGGUCACCUUCUCAAGCUUGAUCUAAGGAAUCCAUGUUACAGCUCAACGGACGAAUUUUGUGACUAUAGCCAACACUCUGUUGCAGCUUCACAAAUUGAUCAAUCUCUCAUGCAAUUGGAACGCUUGAGUUACUUGGACUUGAGUGGAAACCAAUUUCAUGCUGCUCCAGUUCCUCUUUUCUUUGCUUCUCUGCAUCAGCUAAGAAAUCUUUCUCUCUCCAACGCUAAUUUUAGCGGGAAGAUUCCUUAUAAUCUUGGCAAUCUCACGAACCUACUCCAUCUUGAUCUCAGCGUCAAUGGUUUCCAACUCACUGACAUGAACUGGGUUUCUGGGCUUCGGUCACUGCAAAGCCUUGACAUGCAUGGUGUAGAACUUGGGAAAGCACAUGAUUUAUUCCAGGUAUUUUACAAGCUUCCUUCCUUAUCAAGUUUGAAUUUAGCGGAGUGUGAAAUUCACUCCUUGAUUCCUCCUCUUCACUCUCUGAAUUUGACCUAUAUUCCAAGGAUUCAAGUUCUUGAUCUCACUUACAAUUCACUUGAAAGUCGCAGUCUUGAUGUUCUCCAAAACAUGACUUCUCUUGGAGUCCUUGCCCUUACUGUCAACAAUCUAAGUUCCUUGCCAUUGUGGCUCAGUAAAUUUGGUAAGCUUGAGGAACUCUAUGUCGCUCAUAAUAGACUUCUAGGUCCGCUUCCUCUUGCUCUCCAAAACUUGUCUUCCAUAAGAGUCCUUGACCUUUCUUCCAACAAUCUCACAAGUUCUGUUCCGUCAUGGUUAGGUGAGCUAACCAACCUUCGCCAGCUAUUUCUUUCCUCAAAUAAUCUGACUUCUUUAGAAUCUCCACUAUCCUUGAUUCUGAAGAACAUGUGCCGUUUAAAAAUAUUAGAUUUCUCAACCAACAACUUCCAUGGAAAAGCAUAUGGAAGCUUUGAAUCUGGAUGUGUCAAGCAUGAUCUUGAACAGAUUGACUUGAGCGGUAAUAAAUUUGAAGACUAUUUGCCGAGCUGGUUGGGGGAGCUUGAAAAUCUAAAGGACCUUCACAUAUCAGCAAGCACGGUCUUUGGUCCCAUGCCCUCUUCUCUUGGAAAAUUGUCACAGUUGACAAAACUUGACCUUAAUAACAAUCGUUUGAAUGGAACAAUUCCUGAAAGCCUUGCAAAGCUUAUGAAUCUAACUUUCUUGCGUCUUUCCGGCAAUCUAUUGGAAGGGGCUAUUCCAGACAGUGUUUCACAACUGGUGAAUGUGAAUUUACUUGACCUUUCAAACAAUGUUCUCACAGGCACCAUUCCACGAAGUUUGGGUCAACUUGUAAAUUUGCAAUACCUCGGUCUUGCCAAUAAUGAUUUACAUGGUGAAAUUCCAGACAAUUUUGGGCAACUUGUGAAGCUAGUUGAGUUAGACCUUUCUUUAAAUAGUUUGAGAGGAUCAAUAUCAUCUUUUAAAGGAUGGUCAUUUGAGCAGCUCAGAAUCUUGAAUCUCUUUGGUAACAAGAUUAGUGGAUCGUUGCCUGAAAAUAUCCACGACAUAAUGCCUGGGUUGCAGUAUUUGCUUCUUGGGAAUAACUCCAUGAAUGGUUCGAUACCAAACUCGUUGUGCAAAAUUUCCACCUUGCUUCGACUUGAUCUCUCCAAGAACAAAUUGUCAGGAGAAAUUCCAGAUUUCUGGCAGGAUAAUCAAGAAUGGGAUGAAAUAAACUUGUCAUCCAACAAGCUAUCAGGUGGUAUUCCAAGCACAUUCGGUAAUCUUUCCUCGUUGCUGUGGCUGCACGUGAACAAUAACAGUCUUCACGGGGAGCUUCCAAUAUACUUGAGGAAUUUAAAGCAGCUAGUGAUCAUGGAUGUUGGGGACAAUCAAUUUUCUGGAAGCAUACCGCCAUGGACUGGGGACUCUUUUCCCAUGCUACAAGUUCUUAGACUGCGACAAAAUAAGUUGACUGGUACCAUUCCUUCACAGCUUUGUCAACUCACAUCACUUCAAAUCUUGGACCUUGCAAGUAACAGCUUAACGGGUUCAAUACCUCACUGCAUUGCAAACUUUAUUGAUGAGUGGCUUGCUGAGGAUGUUACACAAGUUAUGAAGGGUACAGAACUUGAUUACAUCAAAAUAUUGAAGUUUGUGGUGAACAUGGAUCUGUCUGAUAACAAUUUGGCAGGAGUUGUACCUAAAGGUAUAACUCAGCUCAACAGACUGAUUGGCUUGAAUCUGUCUCACAACUAUUUGAAAGGAGGGAUUCCUGAAAGAAUAGGAGAUAUGAAAUCACUUGAAUCUCUCGACAUCUCCUGUAAUAAUAUUUCUGGAAAAAUUCCAGAAAGCAUGCCUACUUUAACUUCAUUGAGCCACUUAAACCUGUCAUACAAUAAUCUUUCAGGAGCAGUUCCAACAGAGAACCAGUUUUUGACUUUGGGAGACCAACGUAUUUAUGCUGGCAACCCUCACCUAUGUGGAGCUCCACUUCCAAAUAAGUGUAAUGGCAGUGAUUUUGAUGAUCGUGUUCAUGGAAGUGAAGGGUCUGAAGAUGAUGAUAAGGAUUCAGAGAAAGUGUGGUUUUAUUUUGUGGUAGCGAUUGGGUUUGCAGUUGGGUUUUGGUCUGCAAUUGGGACACUCCUGUUAAAGAAGAGUUGGAGAUAUGCUGUGUUUCGCCGAGUAGAUGAUGUGGCCGACGAAAUAUAUGUGACCGUGGCAUUGAAAGUAGCAAAGCUGAAGAGGAUGAUGAGGAAUCAUGUUGAAGUUUGAACCCCCUCCUAGCAUUUGUGAUUUCUGCCCCUUUAUUUUCUCUCUAUUCCAGUAACUAGAUAAUGUUUUAUAUGCGUGUGGUAGUUGGAA